GGGCGAGCCGGGAAGGCGGCGGGAACGCAAAGUUGCCUCCUCGCGGGCCCGCGUCCUCGGUGGGGCGGGAGCCGGGGCCACCGAAGCGGCGGCCGCGGACCCGGCCUCCCGCGGCACCUGGGCAGCGGCCCCGCACGAGCGGCAGCGGCGUGGGCGGCGUUGGCGGCGGCGCGCGGGAAGCGAACCGGAGCUCCGGCGCGGCUCGGCGGCCGCCGGGGAGCUCGGCUCAGGUGCGCGGCGAGAGGGGCGCGGGCCGGAGCUAGGCGGCGGGGACCAGAGCGGCGUGCAGCGCUCGCGCCAGCUGGAGGACCUCCCCAGCGGACGCCCAGGUCCCUGGUCGGGCUCCCGGUCCCCAGCGGCAGCGGCGACCGGAGUCCCCCGCCCCCGAGAGCUGGCUGCGGGGCCCGGGCCCGCCCCCACCGGCCCCAGGCCCGGCCGCUCCGCCCUCCGCCCGCCUGCUCCCGCCCUCGGCCCCCGAUUUCUAGGGCAUUGGCCGCGCCGCUGGGUGAUCCCUCCGGGCUCAAGUUGCAAGGGGGCGGACCGGGCCGGAGGUGGAGUCUCCCGCCAAUUGAAGCCUCGGCUAUAAUAAAUUGAACUCCCUGCACUGCCGAAGCCCAGAUGCCUAGCCAGGCCGCGUCGCGGUUGGUGGUCGGAGAGGGCGAGGGGUCCCAGGGGGCUUCGGGGCCUGCAGCCACCAUGCUCCGCUCCCUGCUGCUUCACUCCUUGAGGCUCUGCGCCCAGACCGCCUCGUGCCUCGUGCUCUUCCCGCGCUUCCUCGGCACGGCCUUCAUGCUCUGGCUCCUCGAUUUCUUGUGUAUCCGCAAGCAUUUCCUGGGCCGCCGCCGCCGGGGGCAGCCCGAGCCCGAAGUGGAGCUCAACAGUGAAGGCGAGGAGGUGCCCCCCGAUGACCCACCCAUCUGCGUGUCCGACGACAACCGCCUGUGCACCCUGGCGUCGCUCAAGGCGGUGUGGCAUGGCCAGAAGUUGGAUUUCUUCAAGCAGGCGCACGAGGGCGGUCCAGCGCCCAACUCCGAGGUGGUUCUGCCCGACGGCUUCCAGAGCCAGCGCAUCCUAGACUACGCGCAAGGGAACCGCCCGCUGGUUCUCAAUUUCGGCAGCUGCACCUGACCACCGUUCAUGGCGCGCAUGAGCGCCUUCCAGCGCCUGGUCACCAAGUACCAGCGCGACGUCGACUUCCUCAUCAUCUACAUCGAGGAAGCGCACCCCUCCGACGGCUGGGUCACCACUGACUCCCCCUACAUCAUUCCGCAGCACCGGAGCCUGGAAGACCGGGUCAGCGCAGCUAGGGUACUGCAGCAAGGUGCACCCGGCUGCGCUCUGGUCCUCGACACCAUGGCCAACUCCAGCAGCUCGGCCUAUGGCGCCUACUUCGAGCGUCUCUAUGUCAUCCAGAGUGGCACUAUUAUGUACCAAGGUGGCCGUGGCCCCGAUGGCUACCAGGUCUCUGAGCUGCGCACUUGGUUGGAACGCUAUGAUGAGCAACUGCAUGGCGUUCGGCCCCGGAGGGUGUAAACAUCCAACGGACAAUUGACUGAACUUGGUGGGCUGGGCCUUCGAGCCUUGGAAGCCCACAUGCAAGCGCCUCUAACCAAGUCACGCUUGGUGAGGCCCCAGUGACAAUGAUGUGCUGAGCCACCAUUUCAGAUUGAGUCUGCACCCUCGGCCAAGUGAACAGUCUCCCCUACCUCCCUGGGACUCUGCUUCUGUAACUGUCAUUCACACCUGCCUGGCUCACUGGAAAUCCUCUUCUGAGCGCGGGAUACGGCUUGCCCUUGUCAGUAUGCCCCCAGGACUUUGCCUCUACAGCAUUUUCUUACACCCGCUCCCCAGCGUGCCCUCAGCCAAGUGCUUUGGACGGGUGCUUCCCGCAGCGCACAGAGACCUUGGCCACGCCUGCCCGCCCUGAGCGCAGCUGGGUUCCAGGAGACUCUCGGCUCAACUGAGCUAGUUGCCUGGCACUCACCUGUCGCGCGGGGAGAGGGGGUUCCCUGUUGCUUUUGUGUCUAUUUCCUGUCCCUGGUAGGGGAAGGGAUGUCGGGGAUGGGGAGGGGGGUGGGCAGGGUAGUUUCCCCCACUUGUUUUGGGUGCACAUGAGCCCCACUGCUGAUGACGAACUGUCUCUAACUGGUCUUGACCACGAGCUAGUUCUGAAUUGCAGGGGCCUCAAAGCAGCACCUAAACCUUGAGGGGGAGAGUGCUCUGGGUUUCCGUGGGGGAAACCACCUUAAAUGGGAGGGAAUUUGGGGUGUCUGCUUUGGGACCAGAGGAAGAUAGCUUGAGAGGCAUUGGCGAGGUUCGCAGCGCCCCAGAGAGAGAGAAAAAGCUGAGACUCCUGGGGAAUGAUGUUGGGGUGAUGGAGUCCGGGGAAAGAGAGGUGGGGGGAGAGCCUGAGGUCCCCAAGUGAGGGGAGUCCUAGGCAGAGCUGCUGAUUGUGGGGCUGGGAGGUGGAGGGCCCCUGAUUCGAAGGCCAUUUGGUGAGUGUUUUGCUGGAAAUAUUUCUUGUAUAUAAACUUCUUUCAAUCUACAAUAAUAAAGGCUUAAAGUAAACUGC